AUGUUCGGUGGCAUGUCCUUCGCUACGCAGAAUGGAGCCACACAGAACACCCCAGAGAGGCAGCGACGACCCGAAGAUCGCACGAACUUGCUGCCGGUCACCGUGCGAUUGCUGGAAUCCGCCAAUGAAGCUGCCAAGAUAGGAGAUGGAGAGCUGCGUUUUCACGGCAGUGAAACAUCUCCCAACAUCCUGCUGUUGCUGGCACAAGUGGAGGCUGUUCACGCACAGCAGAAGAACAUGGCGGAGUUCACAGUGUGUGAUGGCACUGGAAGCUUGAGGGUCCGUUUCUUCGCCACUGAUGGUGAGGCCCAGGAGAAGGCUCUCCAAAGCUUCAGCACUGGAAGCUGGGUGAAGCUCUUCGGUCAGUUCCGUUCUGCCCCCACGGCACACUUCUCCGUGUCUAUGCUUCGGCCGGUGAAGUCAGCGGAUGAGAUUAGCCAUCAUAUGAUUGAGGUGGCCCACUCCGCCCUAAAGUGCUGGCAGCACAACGGCUACAGUGGAACUGAUCCUACAACCCCAGCGCCCAAGGUGAAACCAGGGGAGCCUGAAAAGACAACUGAGCCUUGGACUCCUGAGAAGCCGACUGCAGAGGCUCAUAUGGAGGUAGACAUGGAAGCUGCCAAAAUGCCCGCCGAAACCGUGGUGCCUUUGGAGGGAUCUGCUUUGCGCAGCGCAGUAUUGGAGCUCAUGAAGGCCAAGGCUGAGGAGGAUGAUGUCGGAUAUUCCAUCCCAGAGGUGUGCAGCAUUUUGCAGAAGAAAAACAAGGUCACCUCAAGUGCUGUAGAGAAGAUGAUGCACGACUUGGUCGAUGAGGGUGAGCUCUUCAACUCUACCGAUGAUCUUGGUGCCUACAAUCCCAUCGUAGGCGGAGCCCAGCUGGGUGUUGCACGUGCUCCAUUUCUCUGGGGAAAUUUGGAGGACAUGCCUGCUGGUAAUUCGCAACCAAAUAUGAGUAUUUGGACAGCACCAGCCUACCAAUGGCGGAAAGUGGACAAGAUUGGGAAAAGGAAAUCGUUGCUGCCUGGCAAUUUUGACCAAAACGUUUGCUGCUCCUUUUCUGGUUUAUUAAUUAGGGGGGGUAGUCCUCCAAUAGUCACAAUCUAA